AUGCAUCGGGCCGCUUUCCCUGGACUUGCUCUCGUAGCACUUCUCCUCAUCUCUCUCGUCAUCGACGGAAGAGCAAGACCGAACGGAGAAACACCUAUGACCACACCACGGAACUACGUGACGAACAGUGGAAACGUCGAAUCCAAAGGAAAUCAGAACUACAAGGGAGACGGGGACACAGCAGGGAAUAGUAACGAAGUGGGAAACGGGAAUUCUGCGGGGAACGGUAACCAAGCAGGGAAUGGGAACUCUGCAGGGAACAACAACCAAGCAGGGAAUGGUAACUCUGCGGGGAACGACAACAAAGUCGGAAGUGGGAACUCUGCAGGAAACAAUAACAGUGCCGGGAACGACAAUAAAGUCGGGAACGGUAACAGCGUAGGGAAUGACAACAAAAUUGGGAGCGGCAACAAAGCAGGAUUAGGGAACAAGAUUGGGAAUGAUAACAAGGUUGGAACUGAUAACACCGUGUCCGGCAAUGGCCAGACGAUUUCAGGUGGAAAUGAUGUAAGCAAUAACAAUGUAAAAAUAGCGGAUAGUGAGGACGUAAACGUAAUGGUGGGCUACAAUAGUGGUGCUGUAAAUAUGGAUUCCCCAAGUGCCACUAAUAAGAUGAUUGGCGUUGGGAAUUUGUUCGGAUAA